AGGCGUUGCAAACUGAGGGUUAAAGGGAGCCGAAAGGUUAAAAAAUCGUUUUGAAAGUUUUAGUUUUCAGUAAAAAUGCAGGAGACAUCUAUGUUUAUGAAUUUACUUGUGUAUCCGAACGUAAUAUUCAAUAUAUAUUGAUCUGUCAGUACUUUACAGUUUUGAGCCCCUUCCUAUUUUCUUCUAGUGUUGUCACUGCUAUGCUGUGCAACAGGAAACACCCAGAAAUAUUCACAAGUGUGGUAAGAGCUAAUUCUUUUCAAAAGUGCUCAACAAAGCAGCAAAGCCUCAUCUGCGCCUGCCUCAAUAUGUUGCAGCGGAAGGUGAUAACUUUCAGCCUUGUGGUCACCCUGGCGUCAUGUUUACAAGAUUCGACUUGGACAUUAAAUGUCAACAGAAAUAUCACAGUGGAAAAGGGUUCAGACGUAAACAUACGCUGCCAAUUUAGCUACCCUGAGAAGCACCACACUCAAGAUGUCAAAGUGUACUGGAAGACAGAUGGGACCAGUGUGUGCAGCAAAACAGACAACGACAAGAAGGCUUUCGUUUUUCAUCCAAACCAGACCUGCGUGCUUCCAGAAUUUAGAGGAAGAACAAAACUGAUUGGAAAUGAAACAAGUGGAGACUGUUCUCUACAGAUUCUGAACAUCACAAUGGGGGGGGUUAUUUAUGUACGGAUCAUUGCUAAGGGUGACCAGUACAGUUUCAAAAAGCAAAAAGUCUCAAUUUCUCUAAGAGGGACAUACAUUAUACAACCCACACAAGAAUCAGGUUUUUUUACGACCACAGGUAACUCGGUGUCUGCCAUGCCAGUCUCUGAGGCUUCUACCUUAAACACAUACAUCACCGCCACUACACUGGCUGCACUUGCGGUUGUUAUGAUCAUCACUGGAGUUGUCAUUUGCACGAAACACAAAAGGUCGAGUAGAACUUUAACCCGGGAGGAAUCGAGCUAUUAUGUGAACUUCAGAAGAGCAUUGUCGAAGUCACACAAAAGAGAAACGGUUUGCAAAAAAUCUGACCUUAAAGUGUUUGAAAAGAAAGACGUGGAUGAUCCCAUCUACAUUAACGUCCAGGCACCAGCAGAUCAACUGGUCCAGAGUUUUGACCACAAGGAAAAUGUUUAUGGAAAUGUGGAUUUCUCAUAAUAGAAAGUCUACAUUGUACAAAUGCUGUUGCCCCUUAUUGUCUGUGUUUUGAUGUCUGAAAUGUGUCUUGUAGAGUUACGUUGCUUGUUUGAACAAUAAAUUUAUCUUUUAUUCUA